GCUGAGGUGGAAGAAACACUGAAGCGAAUUCAGAGCCAAAAAGGGGUGCAAGGAAUCAUUGUUGUUAAUUCUGAAGGUAUUCCCAUCAAAAGCACCAUGGACAAUUCCACAACGAUUCAGUACGCGGGGCUCAUGCACAGCUUCAUCAUGAAGGCGAGGAGCACGGUCCGAGACAUCGAUCCCCAGAACGACCUCACGUUCCUGCGGAUCCGCUCCAAGAAAAACGAAAUCAUGGUCGCACCAGAUAAAGACUACUUCCUGAUUGUCAUCCAGAAUCCAACCGAAUGAUUACACUGACUCGCUCUGUUGGGUUUUUUUUCCCCUUUGCCCAACUGGUUGGUUUUUUUUAAUUUAAUGUUGAAGAAUAGAGCGUUAGUGUUAACUCUGCUGUGCCACUUCGAUGUCUGAAUAAACAAAAGCAGGUUUUUUU